CAGAAGAAUCUCGUUUACCUAUGGGGGUACUUAUGGAUCAAUUGGUACAAGAAAAAUUGGUGGAAUCUUUUUGCUCGAGCCUCAUAUUCAAAAGCAUUACCAUUAGCAAGAACCACUAUGCUGGUAGAAUCACACUGGCGCGUCCUCAAACACAAUUAUAAACGUAAUUGUAACCGACCUCGUUUGGAUCGCUUGACACAGAUUUUAACAAACGAAUUAAUUCCCGAUCAAAUAGACAACUGGGAAAAGUACUGCGGUAAUCGUACAUUCCCGUCAUGGUGGGGGGCGUUCAAACAAGACUGGAAAACUGCACUAGAAAAGGAAGUCAAUACGGAUACAACGUAUUAUACUGAUAUCGAAAGAUGGAUUUGUUCAUGUCCUGCAUUCGUAGGCAGUACUUAUCUGUUAUGUAAACAUCUUGUAGAAAGAUACACAGCUGAAAAUCCAAACUUUUUUCCUCAGUUUGUUCUUACGAAACGAAGGCACGAUUAUCCACUAAUCUGUUUCGGAAGUGAGAAUGUUCCAAGUAUUGAGCCAGCAAAUAGUCCCUGGAAUAAUUUUGUUGAGGAUUCUUCCACUGAAUUUGAAAAUGAAUUAGAAAAUAGUGACGAGUUAAGCUUGCGUGAUCGAAAUGAGUUGAUUGACUUUAGAAAAGCUGAAGUGGAAGAGGACAAGAAAACAUUCGAGGCUUUAUUAGAAAUCGUUUCAGACAAUGUUGAUAAUGAUCCCUUCUACAAUAUUUAUAAAAAGCUGAAACAAACGUUAACAAGUGAGGCUGUGGCUUGCCAGGAAGCAUUGAGAGCUAGAAGACAACAAAGAACUUGGAACCCUCCACGCAGAUCUAAACUUGCCUUUUGGUUAAGAUAG